CUAUUUAACUAUAUUUUUACGUGUGCAAUUAUCAAACAAUAAUGACACAUUUUGAAUUGAUUUGUCUGAGAAUUUUAUGUAUAUUAAUAUACAGAAGCGAUACAUUCUUCUGCAUUGAUAUUUGUGCCAACUAGCGCUCUCUGUUUCUCGUAUCAGAGCGUGUCCAAAGUUGUUAAAUAACCUAUAAACGGCAUGACAAAGGAACUACAUAAAUGUUUGAUAAACUAUUUCUCACAGUUGGAGAAAGUAAAUUGCAAGUGGGAUGAAUUAUCCGAAGAAGCCAAACGACCUCUACACGCCUUAAAGAACCAAUCAGAGCAAAUCCGACUAGUUGUAAGCAACGAGAUUGAUAAUGCAGAACUCUGUAAGAUAGACGAGUUACGCGAAAGAUUGAUUUUUAAAAUUCUUAUGGGGAUUGAUAAUGAACUGAGGCUGCUCUUCGAUAUUUUAAUGCGAUUUAACAAUAUUAAUCAAGAUUUAAAAAAUCGUUUAAACAAUCUGGAAGAUGCACGAAGCAAGGUUUCAUUAGAUGAUGACACAAUGAAGGAAUUAAUUAAUGGAACACCUUAUAGACCACGAUUAAAUUUACUUUUAGAAUGGGCUAUUGAAGCUUUUAAUUAUUACCAUGAACUAUAUCUUCUGAUUAAUGGAAAUAUAAAGAAAUUCAAUUAUAAUGAUGAGGAAACGAUAAAGAAUUUAACGAAGUGUUUUAUCGAGGACCGAUUUAAAAAGCUUCGGAUCGAACGCAUACUAUAUUUCACGCAAUUCUUAAUAAAAGAAUCUUUACGUUAAAUACUUUUUAAUACUGCAUAUAAAUAUUACGAAUUUUUAUAAGCAAAUAUUUUUAAAGACUGCGACUAGUUUGUAUACAA